CAAAGUGGUAAGUAUAGGCCUUCCUAAAAUUGUGUCACAAGUUAUUUAAAUGUGUUUAUUUGCGUUACAUAAAACAAUUCAUUAUUUCUCCGUCCCUUCAGCGCUUCAAAUAUACGCUGAACCAGCCCUCAGAACCAUUAAUGGUCAUUUUGGCCAAGGGAUUGCCAGCGAGGAUGACUCCGCGCAAGCCAGUGCUCCUCUCAUUGAUGCCACAAAGGCCCACAGAGAUGCCAUCCCUGUGAUGACAGUGCUCCGCGGAUACGGAGGCUUGCAUUUCUUAACGGCUUGCGAAGUCCUCGUAAGAGAUUUAGGCAACAUCUAUCCUGAGUGGGCCACACUGGCCAAGAUAGCAUGCGUGAUCCCUGUCUCCAGUGUGCCGGCAGAGAGAGGAUUCUCUCUACAGAACAGAAUCAAAACAGCGCAGCGAAGUCGGUGAUGGAAUUUACCGGCACGGUGAUUCCGUUGAUGACAUGGAAAAGGCCAUAGAUGAAGUCCUGAUUAAGCAGCUGGACGAAAAACUAAAGAAGAGUGACUUUAUCGGAAUAAUCAUUGACGAGACGGUUAAUAUCACUGUGGACAAAAAGCUGAUAAUAUACGCCAAGUUGCAAAUUAAAGGAAAAGUGGAGACGUGUUUUUUGGGAAACUAUGACGUGCACUCCGGGACAGCACAGUGUAUAUUUGACAAGGUGGAUGAGGUGCUCCGCGAGAGGGAUGUGAAACUGUCAAGCGCCAUUGGCCUGGGCUCAGACGGGGCUAGUGUAAUGAUGGGCAAACGUGCUGGAGUUGGUGCUCUUCUGAAGAGAGAGAGUGCGUUUUGCAUUCAGGUGCACUGUGUUGCCCACCGAGCUGCGCUGGCCGCGCUAGAUGCUGCAAAAGCUGUGGACCAAGUAGGAGUUUACAAGCGCACAGUAUCCUCUGUGUACUCAUUUUACAAGCACUCAGCCAGCAGGACCAAUCGCCUCCGUCAAAUGACAGCAGCGCUCGGGGAUGAAGAUGUGAAAAGCCUAAAGCAGCAGUGCACUGUCCGCUGGUUAUCCUUGCACAGGGCAGUGGAGGGUAUCAAGCUAAGCUGGCCUGCUCUGGUGAUGGAGCUACAUGAAGAGGCUGUUGGAGGAAAUGCCCAAGCAAAAGGCAUCCUUGGUCAAAUCCAGCCAUACUGCUUUAUCGCCUGGACUCACGCACUGGCUGAUGUGCUACCUGUUAUGACCAAACUGAAUUUGGUUUUCCAGAAAGAGGAUGUCAAUCUGGCCACAAUCCGACCAAUGGUUCACGCAUCAGUUGCGGAUUCCCCCGGUCCCGAAGAAGAGAGGUUUCAGGCAGAUUGCCAAAAUGGCCUGUACAGGGAUGUGAAUGUGACACACGCAGAUGACCGGUCCCGGCAGGCUUUCAGUAAUGUCCGCGUACGCUACAUUACACAUCUUAUAGAUGCUUUACACAACCGCUUUCCUGAAGAGUCCCUGAGUAUUAUCACUAGCUUUGACGUCCUUCUGAACCCAUCCCGAUACCCAAAUGCACAAAGUGCGCUUCAAAUAUACGCUGAACCAGCCCUCAGAACCAUUAUUGGUCAUUUUGGCCAAGGGAUUGCCAGCGAGGAUGACUCCGCGCAAGCCAGUGCUCCUCUCAUUGAUGCCACAAAGGCCCACAGAGAUGCCAUCCCUGUGAUGACAGUGCUCCGCGGAUACGGAGGCUUGCAUUUCUUAACGGCUUGCGAAGUCCUCGUAAGAGAUUUAGGCAACAUCUAUCCUGAGUGGGCCACACUGGCCAAGAUAGCAUGCGUGAUCCCUGUCUCCAGUGUGCCGGCAGAGAGAGGAUUCUCUCUACAGAACAGAAUCAAAACAGCGCAGCGAAGUCGGUGAUGGAAUUUACCGGCACGGUGAUUCCGUUGAUGACAUGGAAAAGGCCAUAGAUGAAGUCCUGAUUAAGCAGCUGGACGAAAAACUAAAGAAGAGUG